AAAGCAGCAAUAUCCACAACACCUCGACGCACCACUAGAAUGCAGCCAUGAUCACCUCCUACCUCCCCCUCCGCUCCUUCUCUGUCUCCCCCACCACCAUCGCCGGCGCCGCCUACCGCUCCCCUACCGCCGCCACCGUCCCUUUCCCAAGAGCCACUCUCAGCCACCACCACCGGCGCCGCCUGGCCUCCUCAGCGAACGGGUCUCUCCCGGGCCUUCCCCUCGUGGAGGAGGACGAUGACGAGGUCUGCCCUGUGGACUGCGUGACGGAGUUCAAGACGGACGAGGAGUUCGUGCGGCACCUGGAGCGGUCCAAGGCCACGGGCGCGCUGGUGGUGGUGGACUUCUACCGGCCGUCCUGCGGCAGCUGCAAGUACAUCGAGAAGCGCUUCAUGCGCCUCUGCAAGGGCUCCGCCGACGACGGCGCCCCCGUCGUCUUCCUCAAGCACAACGUGAUCGACGAGUACGACGAGAAGUCGGAGGUGGCGGAGCGGCUGCGCAUCAAGGUCGUGCCGCUGUUCCACUUCUACAAGGACGGGGUGCUGGUGGAGUCGUUCGCGACGAGGGACAAGGAGAGGAUCAUCGCCGCCAUCCAGAAGUACUCCUCGCCUGAGCCUGAGACGACCGAGGAAGAGGUUCAGGAGUGAACAUUCCACUGGCGGACAUCAAUUCCCUCGAGGGUGCAGUCGUGCAGAACUGCAGAUGCCUAUGGAGAGAGAUACACCAGGAUUCUUUUGACGUUCCUAUGACUGUCCAUGCAUUUGGGAGAUGUCAGCUAUUGGUAUUUGAUGGAUCUGGAUCAGUGUACCAUUAUCUGUAAAACACGAGACAUGUAUAAUAUCUGAAUCAAGCAUUACUGCUGCUACACUACCGUAGUGUAGACAUUCAAUGGGUUCUGACACAUUCUGCAUGACGCGAGUUUGGCUA